UGAGGGGAAGAUGGUGGACUUCGCGACAGCAGCGUGCUCAAAACUCCGUCCUAAACACUUUGAAAAACACUUAGAGUCUCAGUCUGGCGGUAGAUACAGAUUACCCGGAGACAAACACAGAUAAUACAGAGAGUGAAGUGACUCCUUCGCCUCCGGUAACUCUUCAUUCCCGGUCUGAAGUCAGCGGAGAGCGGCGGGACGUGGCGGCGGAUGGUGUUUGUAGAGGACGCCCGUCGUCGUUAGCUGAAAGUGUCAACACAAGUGAGAAAGAAGAGGGAAGUCUGGAGCGUUUUUACCCAAUCGAGAAUCAACCACGGAGACCACCCGACCGUCUGCUGCUGCUACUGCCGCCUUCAAACCAACUGAAACCCGCGAGGCGCGGAGCUGACAGCGGGCUAACUUCAGAUAGCUUAACUUCAGCUAGCUUAACUCUGCUAGAUCUGUUGUGAACUGGAGGAUUGACCCGCUGCUCGACAUGCCGCGGAGUAAGAAGGGGAAACGUGGCUCCGGUAAACCCGGCUCUCUUCGUCAGGAGGUUCUUCAGCUGUCGGCUAAAGUGUCUCUGAAAGGUGUUAGGAAUGGGGUGAAGGGAGAGUCUGGAGCCAGUGAUGAUGAGCUGACGUCUGAUAUUCUGAGCCACUGCAGCAGCGCCAGUGAAACUACAUCAGUGCUGGAGGAGGGAACAGGAGGGGAACAGGUGGAUGAACAGACUGCACAGGAGGAAACGGAAGACAAACUCAAACAGUGUAUAGACAACCUGAUGGACAAGAGUGCUAAGACUCGUCUGGCCGCCCUCGAGUCGUUGCGUCAGGCCUUCUCGUCUAGAGUGUUGUACGACUUCCUGACAGAGCGACGCCUCACUGUCAGUGACUGUCUGGAGAGAAGUCUUAAAAAGGGUGGCGGAGAGGAGCAGGCGGCGGCGGCCACAGUCUUCGCUCUGCUCUGUAUCCAGCUGGAGGGCGGAGAUGAGGCGGAGGAGGGCUUCAAGGUGCUCCGCCCCAUCCUCACUGCCCUCCUGAUGGAUAACAGUGCCAGCAUCACGGCACGCCAGAGUUGUGCCAGAGCUCUGGGGAUGUGCUGUUAUGUGUCAGCUGCUGAGGAGGGAGAGGACCUGAUCAAGUCUUUGGCUCUUCUGGAGAGUAUAUUCAUGACUUCCUACCCCAACAGAGAGGGGGUGCUGCCCACACCUAAACCUGGGAAUCCAGGCCUCAACAGUGCUGCUCUGCAGGCCUGGUCUCUGCUGGUCACCCUCUGUCCCGCCUCCAGGCUGAAGGUGCUGCUCGACCUUCACCUCCCCAAACUGCAGGCCUGUCUGCAGAGCAACGACGUCAACUACAGGAUCGCAGUGGGAGAGACCAUCGCUCUGCUGGUGGAGCUGGGGAGGGAUAUAGACGAGGAGUUUGAGGUAGAGGAUAGUGAAGGUCUGUGCGAGUGUCUGAAGAGUUUGGCCACAGACGGAAACAAACACCGAGCCAAGAAUGACCGGAGGAAACAACGCUCCAUCUUCAGAGAGGUGCUUCAUUACAUAGAGAACGAGGACUUCACCGAGGAGAAGAUCAGGUUUGGAGUGGAGAGCGUUUACAUCGACAGCUGGAUGAGGAGGAGAAUCUACGACGCCUUUAAAGAGAUCCUGGAGUCAGGAGUCAGACACCAUCUACAGUUCAACCCUCUACUGAGAGACAUCUUUGGCCUCGGCCCCCCCAUCAUCCUGGACGCCACCGUCAAAGGAAACAAGAUCACACGGUUUGAGAAGCAUCUUUUCAACUCGGCUGCCUUCAAGGCCCGAACGAAACAGAGGAACAAAGUCAGGGACAAACGGGCCGACGUCAUGUGAGAGGAGGACGAAGAUGGAGGGAUGGACGAGAGAGUGGAACUGAUACUAAAUGAUGCCUUCAACACUUCACACACACACACACACACACACACACACACACACACACACACACACACACACACACACACACACACUCUCUCAUAAAACACUCAACAGGGAUUUUCCACCUGUGCUCUUCACCUGCAACUUCAGAGUCGAUGUGGCCUCAGGUUAUUCUCAGCUCUCAGCAGGAAACCUGAGGGUCAGUUUGACUGACAGCAGGUAUUUACUUUUCAAUCAAAAAACACAGAGUUGAUUACAGUGUUUCCCACAGUCCAGUUCUGAUGUUUCAAAGUGAAAACCAGCUGUAAUGCAAAGCUGCUGCUCUUCUAGGUUGUUUCACAGAGGAGUAAAUAUGAUAUCCUCACAUCUAAUGGAUCUUCAGACAUCAGAGUUCUGUUUUUACAGAGUGAAGUAUCUCUGAAGCUUUAUGGUACAUUUCCUCUUUGGUGCUGAUGGGAGUUUUAGUUUUUGAUACCCAGCUCCAGCUGCUGCCUGUGGUUUGACAACUCAGUCAAAUCUUUUUUAAUCUUUUUCCUGGUUCAAUCUCUGAAGAGAAUCAAUUUCUGUAAUGAAAACCAAAAAGAGCCACAGAGAUAUUUUGUAAAAAAAAAAACAAAAAAAAAAAACCUUCUUCUUCUCUGGUCUAAUUUAUUUCUCACUGCUCCUCAUUCAUCCUCUGUCUCUGCAACAGAGUCACUACUUCAGCUGCCAAACAGAAACUGACUUUAAAAACAAUGCAACCUAAAAAGAAGAUGUGUGUGGUGUUUGUGUGAGAGUGUGUUUUAUUUGAGUUUUAUUUAACAUCAUUAAGUAAAACACUUAAACAAGAAGAUGCCUAAUUAAAAGAAUGAAAUCAAAGAGUUAAUGCUGUCAUCUUUGUCUUCAUAUUUUCUGGGAGGAAAAUACGUUUUAACCAUUUCAGGUGGGUAAUAGUAUUUUACUUUGUAAUUUAUUAAAAGAACAGAACUGUGUGAUUUUUCAGAAACUGUUUACAGACACAGUGAUGAGAAGAUGACGAUAAUUUUUUUCAUGUGUAUUUUUAAUGCGGGUUGGUGGGUCAUACAAUCUUUCCAUGUGUAUGUAUUACAGAUACACUGUAGAGGGAUUCAUUAGAUGAGCAGUAGAUACAAACAGGCCACUGACAGCUGCUGAUCCGUGGUUUGUGUAGCUUCACCAAACUGUCUGAUCAGUAGCUCUUGUUCAGGCUCAAGGGAUCAUGGAUCGAAUGAAAUAAAGAGUAUUUCAGCA